UUUGCUCAGGUUUAAAUUAUUUUCACUCAGCAUCACCUUUUCUUGAGGUGUGGUCAGUAAAGGGUUAUUAAAUGGGUGGGUGGCCUUUCCUCUUGACCCCCACAAGGGAAUGGGACAGCGGACUGCGGAUAAAUGAGGAGGAUGAUGAGAGCGAAUCACCUCACAUGACAGCGAUUAUAACCUGGGAGUUUGGUGGGCGUGGGAGAGAAAGAGAGAAAGAGAGAAAGAGAGAAAGAGAGAAAGAGAGAAAGAGAGAAAGAGAGAAAGAGAGAAAGAGAGAAAGAGAGAAAGAGAGAAAGAGAGAAAGAGAGAAAGAGAGAAAGAGAGAGAGAGAGCGAGAGAGCGAGAGAGCGAAUAACGGAGCACAGAACAUAUGAAGAAAUGUUUAAUUCGGCGCGCAAAUGUGCAUGUAUUAUCUCACCGCCAUUUACCGGGUGAUUAUUUGACGCGUGUGAUCUACCGUUCAUCAAAGGUGAGAUGGCGAGCACGUCGGGGCUCCCCCAUGACAGUUAUAUGCACAGAUGCAUGCUGGUCCUGACCUUCCUGCUCCUACUGUGUGAGAUCGUUGUCAGCCGUCUCUGUAACUCCCUCAUCACCAUGGUGGAUGUCUUCCACACCCUCUUCAUCCUCAUGCACAUGGCUCUUCCUCAACCCACCCUGGGCAGAGGUUCCCCGAAACCCUCACCUGCCUCCCCUCUCUCCAACACCUCCACCCCCACUCAGUCACCUGUCAAAUCUCCCCCAUAUUCCCCAGCCACUUCCUGUGUGCUCCCCAGACCCCUCACCCCUGUGGCCUCCCUUUGUGGCCUGUCCUACAGUGGGGCGAGGGUCCAGCCCCUGGGGGCUCUGAUCUCCGCUCUUCUGCUGGCUGCCUUGUGUGUCUCUGUCUCUCUAGAGAUCCUCAGCCACACCCUGCAGCCCCACCCUAUACAGCGCCCUCUUUUGGCCACGGUGAUGGGGGCUGUCAGUCUGCUCUACAACCUCCUGGUGCUGGGGCUCAGCUGGGGCAGCUGGCCAGAGACCAAGACUAGAGCUGCCUGGGAGGGGGAGGAGAGCUCUGUCCUUGGUGUGAAUGGAAAAGUCAAGGCCAAGGUCCAGACCAAAGACAGCAAUGCAGUGGGGGGAGAGAAUGACCUCAGUAACCUCCCUACAUCUCUAGAUGGCGCCUUCCAAGAUGGAACACUUGUCCUCUGUAACCCUGGGACCUCCAGUGUCCUGAACCCUGACAGUGACUCUCAGCACCCAACCCAGACAUCCCCACUCCAUACCGUGGCCCCUCAGGGUCCCCUUUCAGACCACUGCCAUGGAGCACACACACUCCCUGCAGACUCGCACACACUCCCUGCAGACUGCAGAACUUCAGAGACACUGAGCAGCUUCCCACAUCCAGAGGCCAGUGUCUGUCAUCCAAAGGAACCCCAUUCUGAAGUGUCUAAGUAUAGUGCCUGCAUGGGACACAGAGAAAAUCAGACAGACCCCACCACAGCCCUAAAGUCAGAAAGCCCUACAAGCCUCAGGGUCCAACUUCCCACUUGUCUCCCAUCCCUCAUCGCCCUCACUCAGGCACUGCUAGGCUCCAUCCUGGCACUCACCAACGGACUUACCCUGCUACUCCUGGGCCCAGACUGCAUGCAUGGCUCUGGGGCCUGUGGUCCCUUCGUCUACCUGGACCCUGGCUUCUCCAUGGUGGCUGUGGUGGUGCUGCUGGCCACCGCUCUGCCCCAGGUGUGCCGCUACGGUUGGCUGCUGCUCCAGGCCGUCCCGCCCCAGGUGUGUGUGUCUGAUCUGGGCCGGCGGAUCGCCAGUGUGCCAGGGGUGCAGGCGGUGCACGACCUCCACGUGUGGCAGCUGACAGAGAGCUGCCUGGUGGCGUCUGUACAUGUCCACUGCCACGCUGGGUUCCAGAUACACAGGUGUGGUGAUCUGUUGUCGGGGGUCACCAAGGUGCUGCAGAGUGUAGGUGUGAGCUGCUGCACCGUACAACCAGAGUUCCUCCUCUCUACUCCCACAGCCAACGGCAACCUGGAUAACAACAACACCAACCCCACCAUCAUCCAUAGGGAGAUGCCCUCACACCUGGCCUGCAGCCUGGCCUGUGGGAAGGGCUGUGCUGGGAAGAUGUGCUGUGCUCCUCUGGAGGAAGGGUCUACAGAGCCACUGGCACCCCCUGCUGGGGAAACUGAGGAGGAGCCUCACAUGCUGAUCAUAGAGAACACCUUUCUUUGAGGGAAGGACCUCUAAGAUGUAUCUCAGUAGUGUAGAGUGGGCUCCUUGCAUCCUUUCCUUCAUAUGGAACUGAUGUGAGAGGACUGAAGUGGAGAAAACCACAUUUGGCAAUUAAGAUGCAGCUUGGGGAUUAACUAGAAUACAUUAUAAUUGUCAGAAUAUUUUUAAAGACUUCUGUCCCCAUGUCAUUGAGGUAAUUUUAGAGAGCUAGAUAGUCUAAUGUAAGAAUUAGGCUCAGGUGAAGAGUAGAAAUCCCAGUAGUCAUCAUGCGUGUGUGUAUUUUGGCAUGGGGUGGGAUAAUAAACAGCAUUCCUAUGGGUACUCAGAAAGGGCCUGUAUGUGUACUGUAUUAUGUAUGUAGGCAUGUACACAUCGUUAUGUUGGGAUUGUAUUUAAUUGUAUUAACACGGUGCCAUACCAAAGAUACAGUAGAUUGUGAGCCAAGUCACUCACCUAAUUAAGUGUUUGUUCAAUAAUGCUAUUUCAACAUACACUACCGUUCAAAAGUUUGGGGUCACUUAGAAAUGUCCUUGUUAUUGAAAGAAAAGCAACAAAAAAAAGUCCAGUAAAAUAACAUAAAAUUGAUCAGAAAUACAGUGUAGACAUUGUUAAUGUUGUAAAUGACUAUUGUAGCUGGGAACCGCUGAUUUUUAAUGGAAUUUCUACAUAGGCGUACAGAUGCCCAUUAUCAGCAACCAUCACUCCUGUGUUCCAAUGGCACGUUGUGUUAGCUAAUUCAAGUUUAUAAUUUUAAAAGGCUAAUUGAUCAUUAGAAAAUCCUUUUGCAAUCAUGUUAGCACAGCUGAAAACUGUUGUUCUGAUUAAAAACUGUCCUUUAGACUAGUUGAGUAUCUGGAGCAUCAGCAUUUGUGGGCUCAAUUAGAGGCUCAAAAUGACCAGAAACAAAGAACUUUCUUCUGAAACUUGUCAGUCUAUUCUUGUUCUGAGAAAUGAAGGCUAUUCCAUGCGAGAAAUUGCCAAGAAAAGAUCUCGUACAAUGCUGUGUAUUACUCCCUUCACAAAACAACACAAACUGGCUCUAACCAGAAUAGAAAGAGGAGUGGGGGGCCCCGGUGCACAACUGAGCAAGAGGACGAGUACAUUAGAGUGUCUAGUUUGAGAAACAGAUGCCUCACAAGCCCUCAACUGGCAGCUUCAUUAAAUAGUACCCGCAAAACACCAGUUACAACGUCAACAUUGAAGAGGCGACUUCGGGAUGCUGGCCUUCUAGGCAGCGUUGCAAAGAAAAAGCCGUAUCUCAGACUGGCCAAUAUAAAGAAAAGAUUAAGAUGUGCAAAAGAACACAGACAGUGGACAGAGGAACUCUGCCUGGAAGGCCAACAUCCCGGAGUCACCUCUUCACUGUUGACGUUGAGAGAGGUGUUUUGCGGGUACUAACAUUAACAAUGUCUACACUGUAUUUCUGAUCAACUUGAUGUUAUUUUAAUGGACAAAAAAUGUGAUUUUCUUUCAAAUACAAGGACAUUUCUAAGUGACCCCAAACUUUUGAACAGUAGUGUAUUUUCACUGCCAUUAUUGCGCAUUAAUGACAAAGUUGUAUGUCUAAUCAUUCACUUUUUUUGUGUACAUUGAAUGUGUAAAAUUCAAUGUAACAAUCACAGUAAUUAAUGGAGUUAAUUGCAAAAUAAAGAUUUUUACAUUUAAAA